CAACAAUGGCUGCUUCACUUCUCUUUCCCUCCUCCACCUCCCUCAACUACUACAGGAUGAGUAAGUUGUGUCUACAAAUUCAUUCAGGCAAGUUGCAGAAAGGGAUAAUGUCUUUCUUUGUUCAUCUCCCAAACCAAAAAUCCAACUUUGAGCUUUACAUGGUUCCUGGUGGAGCCUUUUCCCGCCAACAUAUCAUGAGACCUUUUGCUAUAGCUUGCUCAUUAGAAGCAGAUGUCACGCACCAAGGAAAUCAAGUUAAUUCAAGUGUUUUGGGUCCAAACAGUCCUCAGAGGUCUAAAAAGUUGCAUGAUACCUCUACAAACCGCUUGGACUGUAUGAAUGAUCUUGAAAGACAGUUGCAGGAGUUGUUUGAUGAAGUCAAAGCUAUGAUUAGGAUGGGAAAGAAAAAUGAUGCGGUAGAUCUACUUCAAGCAAAUUAUGAAGCUGUGAAAGAACAGAUGGAUGCAGGUGCAAGAGGCAUAGAAGAGGCUGCCAUUCUUGAUGUCUUAGCUCUGGGGUACUUGGCCAUUGAGGAUUUAAAGAUUGUUCGAUCUCUGUUAGAUAAGUUGAACGAGGUUGUUAAUGGGUUAAAGGAUGAUGAGCCUCUCUUGGAUUCAGUACUCGUGCAUAUGGGAAGCAUGUAUUCAUCUCUGGGGAAGUUUGACAAGUCCAUGCUAUCCUAUAGGAGAGCUCUUAAAAUUCUGGAAAGUAAAUAUGGGAACAAGAGUACUUUACUUAUUACUCCCUUAUUAGGGACAGCAAAAGUUCUUGGUUCUACUGGAAGAGCCACAAAGGCAAUAGAAAUGUACCACCGUGCAAUAUCCAUAUUGGAAUUGAGCAGAGAUGCAGAGAGCGAGGAANGUUUGAGGGGGAGUAUUGGAGAUAUAGCAGUUUAG